GCCCUCCACACGAUCCAACCUAUAUAGCCGCGCCACCAUUCUGCCUGCGCCUUCGCGAAGCCUCGAAGCUUGCACAGCCGUUGAGCCAGCCAGUCAGCCAGCCAGCCAGCCAGCCAGCCAGUACAGUCAAGUGGCCACCCCUCCCCCCUCUCCCUCCCUCUCUUCUCUCAUUGCUGCUGCUGCUGCACAUAGCCAGGCAGCAGACGCGCUCGUCGUGCUCGCACUCCCCCUCUCGUCGCGCCUGUACGUGCGCGCGAGAAGCUAAGCAUCGGCGGCAAGAGGCGCACUGCGCCGCUGGACCGACAUAUCUAUCGACCGGAGAGAAGCAGAGGGAGAGGAGAUCGCUCGAUAUACUAUAUCCGAUGCAGCCUGCCGGGUCCGCCUCCCGCCUCGCCGUGCUGGUGGCCGUGGUGGCGCUGGCGUCGUCGGCGGCGUGCUGCCGCGCGCAGCUGGCGAGCAACUACUACGCCGGCAAGUGCGGCAACGCGAGCGUGGAGGCCGUCAUCCAGAGCGCCGUCCAGGCCCGCCUCGUGUGGGACAAGCGCAUGGUCGCCGGCCUCCUCCACAUGCUCUUCCACGACUGCUUCGUCCAAGGGUGCGAUGCGUCGCUGCUGCUGGACGGCCCCAACACAGAGAAGACGGCGCCGCAGAACAGCGGCAUCUUCGGCUACGACUUCAUCGACGACAUCAAGUCCGACCUCGAGGCCGCCUGCCCCGGCGUCGUCUCCUGCGCCGACAUCAUCAUAGCCGCAACCAGGGACGCCAUCGCCCUGUGCGGAGGGCCCAGCUAUGCGGUGACCCUGGGCAGGAGGGACGGCAUGUCGUCGGUGUCGUGGAUGGCCGGCGACCUGCCGUCGCCGCACGUCGACAUCCCCACGGCGAUAGGCAUGUUCGCCAAGAAGGGGUUCAACAGCUUUGAGAUGGCCACCCUCAUGGGCGCGCACACGGUGGGGGUGACGCACUGCUCGGUGAUCGAGGACCGCCUGUACAACUUCAACGGCACCGGCAAGGCGGACCCGUCCAUGGACCCGACGUACGCGUGGGUCCUGACAACGUACGCGUGCCCCAAGGGGCAGACCUUCGACAACAUCGUCUACCUCGACGACCCCUCCAGCAUCCUCAUCUUCGACAGGAGCUACUUCAACCAGAUCAAGAGCCGCCGCGGCGUCCUCCCCGUCGACCAGGCGCUGGGCAUCGACCCCGCCACCUCGUGGAUGGUCGAGUUCUUCGCGACCACCGACUUCUUUCCCGCCAUGUUCGCCCACUCGAUCACCAAGAUGGCCGCCCUCGAAGUCAAGACCGGCACCGCCGGCGAGAUCAGGAGAAACUGCCGGUUUACAAACUAAACUAGAGACACAAGAUUAUUGCUAUAGACACCACAGGACCAGAGAUCCAAGAGAUGGAGAGUAUACAUGGCCAUUUGAGACGCCCAAUUGAGAUCCAUGCACAUUCAUAUUUUUUUCCCUUUUUGUCAAGGAUCGCAUGAUUCUACUAUAGUAGUCGGUCGACCUGAGUAGCAGUACGUAAUUUUGUUGUCAUUCUUUUGUACGUGGCUGGUAUAAAAAUAAGCAUUCCAUGAUGUGACAA